AUGGGGGCUGCCUUCUCAGAUAUGCUGUGCCACUGGGUCUCCAUACACCAUGAAAAGGGCAAAUAUCAGUCAUACAACUCAUCUAGACUGUGGGGUUAUGUUAACAACGUUGUGCUGAGUUCCCCAUGUAUUUCUCCCUCCCUCGAUCCUGGCCUCUGCCUCUGCAUCUCCUAUGUAGCAGUGACCACUGAGUGGGUCAAUGAGACCUUGGUGAGGGAGUUUGUCUUCCUCGGCUUCUCAUCUCUGGCUGGGCUGCAGCGGCUGCUCUUCGUUGUCUUCCUGCUCGUCUACCUGUUCAUGCUGGGCACCAACGCCAUCAUCAUUUCCACCAUUGUGCUGGACAGAGCCCUCCAUACCCCCAUGUACUUCUUCCUUGCUGUCCUCUCCUGCUCUGAGACAUGCUACACCUUUGUCAUAGUACCCAAGAUGCUGGUUGACCUGCUGGCCCAGAAGAAGACCAUCUCCUUCGUGGGCUGUGCCAUCCAGAUGUUCUCCUUCCUCUUCCUCAUCUGCUCUCACUCCUUCCUGCUGGCAGCCAUGGGUUAUGAUCGCUACGUGGCCAUUUGUGACCCUCUGCGCUACACAGUGCUCAUGGGACACGGGGUGUGUGUGGGACUAGUGGCUGCUGCCUGUGCCUGUGGCUUCACUGUCUCCCUGGUCAUCACCUCCCUGAUAUUUCACCUGCCAUUCCACUCCUCUAACCAGCUUCAUCACUUCUUCUGUGAUGUCUCUCCAGUCCUCAAGCUGGCAUCUCAUCAUUCCCAUCUCAAUCAGUUAGUAAUAUUUGUGCUUGGUGUGUUUGUCUUGGUUAUUCCACUGUUACUUAUCCUGGUCUCCUAUGUCCUUAUCAUCUUGGACAUUCUACAAGUUCCAUCCUCUGUUGGAAGAUACAAGGCCUUCUCUACCUGUGCUUCCCAUCUCGUUAUGGUAACUGUUCAUUAUGGUUGUGCUUCUUUCAUUUACUUAAGGCCCAAAUCCAAUUACUCUUCAAGUCAAGACACCCUAAUAUCUGUGUCUUAUACCAUCCUCACUCCAUUGUUCAAUCCAAUGAUUUACAGUCUGAGAAAUAAGGAAUUCAAAUCAGCCCUUCAAAGAACAAUGGUCUGGACUUCAUGUUAUAUUAACUAA